AUGCCGUGGCUUAAACGCCUCAAUCCGAUGAUCAACUGGGAAACCGGUGACUUUUGGUUUGGUAAAGACGCCAAAUGGCCACUGAAACCCACCGUCGAAGAUGCACCAGAUGAAGAAGUUUCAAUUUUCAAGGAAGAUGGACUCCCAGAGUUAAUCACCACCAAAACUUCCUCUACCUCGUUUGGGCAUUCAGAAUCUAUCAGAGAAAUCAUGGCCGAUAACACUGAGCGUGGCGAGUUACCCGCAGUGCGGAAUAAUACCGAACCAGAUGACCCACUAUCAGAACCCCCUAUGGAUCAGCUCGAUGACAACGAUCUAGUUAUAUCCUAUAUCGCAGGAGAGCCAAUUAUUGGGAUAUUUGAACCCAUCAGGAAGGAGUCACCUUUGACGAAUGAAGAAACUGAAACCGCAGUCUUCACCAUACGAAGAGGCCCUGCCAUUGGAAGAAUGACACACAGUACCCGAUCCCCAUUAUUCUGUAACGCACAGAAUACGGUCUUUUACAAACCAUCUGGUAAAUCACAAGAAUUGGCACAACAGGCACACAAGGAAGCAUCAGCUGUAGACAAACCCAAAACUGUCAAGGAGUUGGUCCCCAACUACCUCCACGAUCUGAAGUCCGUCUUUGAAAAGAAAGCAGCUGAACGCUUUCCAGAAACCAGGCCUUGGGACCACGCCAUUGACUUGAAACCCGAUUUUAUUCCACGCGACUGUAAAGUCUAUCCGUUAUCGCUCAAAGAACAAGGAGCGAUGGAUGACUUCCUGGAAGAAAAUCUGUGA